GAACUGCCUCCCUAUGCGAAUAAAAUCGCUGCUAUUGAGCCAUGUAGAUCUAGCGCUCAUUGCCUUUCCUCCUUCCCAUCUGCCAUGUCGAACACGACAACCACCACCCCGACCCUCCCUCCCUCAUUGGACCUCCCGCCUCAUCUGUCGGCGCAAAAAUAUUUCUUCGUCUGCACACUCACUGUCUUGGCCUGGGAUGCCCUCGUUCUCACUCCCAGGUCCUACAGGUUGGGACGUCUGCCCAAAUGGCCAGCUCUGAAGUUCAUGUAUUACUUCAUGCAAUUUUGGGUCCUAGCGGAUUUUGUUGUAACAGGUGUAAUGUUCUUUAGUACGACAGUCAUACAAGACACGGACUGCGUCGCCUUCUGGCCUUACGAGCCAAUUUGUACGGCAGUUCUCAUGGCUGUUGCAUCCGCUGUACAUGUCAUGCGCAUAUCGGCUAUCUAUGACCACGUUCAAAAUGUUCGCGCAACUAUGUGGGGAUUAUACGCUGUGCAGAUUGUCGUCACUGCCCUGUGCUGCGGUUUCUACCGCUCUGUCCAUCUUGAAGAUGGCCAGGGAUGCAUCGCUGGUCCCUUGAAUAACGCAAGCUGGGUUGGAAUUUACUGGCUAGCUCCAACCCUGCUCUACGCUACCAGCUUCGUCCUCGCUUCUCUACGCAGCAUUAGAACGCUCGAAACCAGGCGUGUAUCUUACUGGCGUCUCAUGCUUCGUGAUGGCUUGAACCUGUACGGUGCCAUUCUCCUUGUAAACCUCAUCAACGUCUUCUUCUACUUCAUCAUGACACCCACGGGUCCAACCGACCCCAUCAAGACGAUUGUUACCAGCAUGGCAGCUGUGCUUACAACAACAAUGUCUAUGCGUAUCAUCCUAUCCGUUAGAGGGGACCUUACCAACGGUGGCACCUUCUCUAUUUCUUCCCACGCUGCUUCCUCAUCGGGAGCUAAUACCCACUCGCUCUCUGGCUCAGGGAAUAGACCAAGAGGGGUUAACCACACUUUCACACUCGGUGAUAUGCGUGAUGCCACCGUGGCCGUGGCCGCUCGUAAAGAGGGAGGAGAAUGGGAUGCCGACAAAAGCAGUGUCACCCCUCGCGAGGAAACCAAGGCUGUACUCCCAAUCAUUGGGGAAGAUGUUGACAGUGGUAUUCCCCGUGCGCGCACUGGGUUGGGUGUACAAAUCACAGUCGAUCAGCAAGUCGAGUAUGAUGAUGGAUUUCCCACGAGAAAGUAAUUUUGGGAAUCUGAAGGAGCAGGCACGCUCGCUGUCAAUACAUGUCUGUUUGGCCCUUGUCUAUGAUAGUUGACAUGCUAUAUCCUGCGCUCGUAUUUUUUGGUGUUCUGCUCGUAUUUAUACCGCUUGUUGACUCACAGUAUUCCCCACGUACCUCAGCGUUCUACACGAUGCCGCUAUUAUUGCCCAGGAUUUCAUGGAUACAGUGUAUACCAGAUGUACUGCUUGAAUAUAAAUAAAAUUUAGCGACCAGUUA